AUGAUGGAUACAGAAGACACUCAAAAUGUAACUGAACUAGCUCUAGCUUUAGCCAAGAAUGCCAUCGCUGCUGCUAUCAAGUCCAUGGAAGAAGCCGAAAACCCCAUCAAAAAUAUCGACUGGAUCACACAGGGUGAAUUCACAGAAGAAAGGGGCCGUAAACAAAUUGAGGAGUUCAUUUCGAACUGGGAGUAUCAAGGCCGCUGGUUGCACUACACAGAGUUUUUAAAGAGGGAAGAUGUGAUUCACAGCUUCCACUACAUCUACUGUGUACACUGGAGCAUCCCAACUGCUCGGAGACCCAUAGCACGAACCACUGCCAGUGUCUACUUCACCAUCAAGAUCAACACAAACAAACCUCCGCCAGCCGGAGAUACACCCAUUGAUGUCUCUUACGUCUUUGAGAGCCAUUCAUGUGUUCACAGGUAA